AUGGACAUGAACCAAAAUUGGAGUACAGGAAACAUUUCUCUUUGUUAUGAACAUCAUUCUAACUCGUGUCAGAAGCUCAUUUACUCACAGGUUGUAAAAUGUGUGAUUUACAUUGUUAUUAGUGUCAUUAUACUCUUUGCAUUAGUUGGAAACCUUCUGAUUAUCAUAGCCAUCAUUCAUUUCAAGCAGCUCCACACUCCAACCAACUACUUCACUCUCUCUCUGGCUGUAACUGAUCUGCUUGUAGGAGGGGUUGUGAUGCCUCCCAGUAUGAUACGCACUGUAGAGACCUGCUGGUAUUUGGGGACAUUAUUCUGUAAAAUACACAGCAGUCUUGAUGUUAUAUUGUGCACUGCCUCUGAUUUAAAUCUGGCAUUCAUCUCUGUUGAACGCUAUUAUGCAGUGUGUCAUCCCCUGCUGUACCACAAAAUAAUCACUCCUCUUACUAUGAUGUUCAUGAUUGUUGUUUGCUGGGGGUACUCUUUUGCAGUGGGAUUUAUUGUCAUUGAGCUAAACAUAUUUGGCACUGAACAUUUUGGUGAUGUUAUAUGUGAGGGGGGUUGUGCAAUAGUUAUAGGACCAGUGACAGCUUUGAUAGUUUCUCUGUUUUCUUUGUAUAUCCCCUGUAUUAUCAUGGUGAGUGUAUAUAUAAAAAUAUAUUUUGUUGCCCAGAGACAGUCACGUUUAGUCCACAUCACUCUCUCUCAACUAAACACAUCCAGAGGGCAUCCCACUGUUAGUAAGGCAGAGAGAAAAGCCACUAAAACACUGGCUGUUGUUAUGGGGGGAUUUCUUUCAUUUUGGACACCAUUUUGUAUCUACAGCACAAUUGUGACAUUUUCUGGUUAUAGUGCCCCACCACAGAUGUUGGAAAUAAUUAAUUGGAUUACUUAUUCAAAUUCAGCAUGUAAUCCUAUGGUGUAUGCUUUCUUCUACAGCUGGUUUAGAAAAGCACUCAAAGUUAUGUUAUCAGGCAAAAUAUUCAAGAAACGUUCCUCAAGAAUAAAACUGUGUUCUGAGUAG